CAGAGUUCGGGAAACUGCGGCGAUAGUAGCCAUUUCCGGCGUUCACCGCCGCGCUGCCCUUCUCGCUAUUUCUUGUUCCAUAGUUGGAAUUGGGGGAGGGCCAAAUCGAAGCGGUCGCCUUCGAUGAAGAUAGUGACGUACAACGUUAACGGGCUGAGGCAGCGCGUCUCCCAGCACGGCUCCCUCCUCCGCCUCCUCACCUCCCUCGACGCCGACAUCAUCUGCUUCCAGGAAACAAAGCUAUCAAGACGAGACUUAUCUGUAGAUUUAACUAUGGCGGAGGGUUAUGAAGCUUUUGUAUCUUGCACUCGUACUACUAACAAAGGGCGCUCAAGCUAUUCUGGUGUUGCAACAUUUUGCCGAGUGAAGUCAGCAUUUUUCAGCAAUGAGGCAGCACUACCUCUAGAAGCAGAAGAAGGCUUUACUGGUCUUCUUGAAUGUCCUAGAAAGAGGGAGAUAAUAAGAGAUUUCAUGCUUGAAGCACCAUUUGAAGAGGAAGAUCUUGAGAUCACAGAUGAUGAUUUGUUAAAAGUGGAUAGUGAAGGGCGUUGUCUUAUCACUGAUCAUGGUCAUUUUGUACUUUUUAAUAUAUACGGACCACGAGCUGAAAAUGAUGAUGAGGAGAGAUGCCGCUUUAAGUUCAUUUUCUUCAAGAUCUUACAGAGAAGAUGGGAAUUUCUCCUGUCCCAGGGGAAGAGAGUUUUUGUUGUGGGAGAUCUUAAUAUUGCUCCUGCUGCCAUAGAUAGGUGUGAUGCAAGUCCAGAUUUUGAAAAGAACAUGUUCCGAAAAUGGCUGCGAUCUUUGUUUAAAGAAUGUGGAGGUCCCUUUUUUGAUGUUUUUCGGUCAAAAAACCCUGGAAGAAAAGAAGCAUAUACUUGCUUCUCACCACGUGUUGGAGCUGAGGAAUUCAACUAUGGUUCUCGGAUUGACCAUAUUCUUAUUGCUGGACCAUGCUUGCAUCAGCAGCAUGAUACUGAAGAUCAUUACUUCUUAUAUUGCCAUGUUGAAGCAUGUGACAUCAUGAGUCAGUUUAGAAGGGGAAAUUCUGGGAAUGCACCCAAGUGGAGAGGAGGGAGAAAAAUCAAAUUGGAAGGUUCGGAUCAUGUUCCUGUUUAUGUCAUAUUAAGAGAUGUACCCGAUCUUCCCACACACAGCACUCCAUCCAUAGCUGUUAGAUAUAUUCCUGAAGUUCGUGGUUGGCAACAGAGUAUCGUCUCCUUCCUGGUUAAAGGGCAAGUUUCACAUCAUCGCUUGCAAAAUAACUUGUCGAGUGACAGCAAUGCAAGAGAAACUUAUGAUGAAUGUGAAAUUUCAAGCCAAGAUUGUAGCAAAAUAGAGCAGGAUAUCAUUGCCAAUGCAUCUCAACAUUCUUCAGACCAGUGCUUUUCCAAUUUAAAUUCAGGACAGAAACCUAAUCCAAGUCUAAAUGAGGAUUCCAGUCUCACUUUUUCUCAGAAGAAAACUGAGAGCCUAAAAUAUCUGUCUUCUGAUUGCACCAGAGGAGUAAAGAAAAUGACAAGAAACAAUACAUGUUCUCAACUUACCUUGAAGUAUUUUUUUAAACAACCCAAGAUUGUUAUGACUGCUGAUGAGGAGACUCUGAAGCAUGAUUUGACAUUUCCUAAAGCUGAUCCUGGGGAAAUCAGAGAGGAGACAUCUCAAUCAACAGAACAGUCGGAUUUAAAGAACGAAUAUGCAAAUCACUCUUGUGAAAUUAGUGGGACCAGCAUAGACAUACAUGAUGGUAAGAGGGUUUCAGAACCAUGCUUUCCUGUUAAAAGGGAGAAUGAUAAUUUUGCAGUUCAAGAGUGGCGAAGGAUUCAGCAGAAGAUGAAGAUGACUAUACCAAUUUGCAAGGGUCAUGGUGAACCUUGUGUUUCAAGGUCUGUGAAAAGAGAAGGCCCAAAUAGAGGUCGUCUCUUCUAUGUCUGUGCUCGUGCUCAGGGACCUGCAUCUAAUCCCGAAGCGAACUGUGGUCACUUCCAGUGGGGUUCUGCGAAAUCCAAAGAUAAACACAAGUGAAUUUGCUUCAAUCACUUUCAUGGAAAUCUGAAACUACUGCAGGACAUGGUGACUUCGAUGCUUGUGCUCGUGUUAUAUAUUAUUGAAUUUCAAAUUCUAUUAUUACUUUCUACUAGGAUACCUUGUUCUCCCUUUUCUUGCACUGUCAGAUAAGUGUUGACAUGCUCAUCCUCAAUUCAGAAAAGCCUGAUUUGUUGACAGAGUUGACUGAAGUAACCAAGUUGCUGCAACAGUUUCACAGCCAUGUAUUUGUAGAACAAGGAUUCUUGGCUUGAUAGUUGCUGGUGGCUAUCCCGCAGCCAUCACAGGACUAACUCAGCUUUAUUCAGUAUUUUUCUCAUACAGAGCAAAUAGAAACAUACUUUUGACUUGAUAGCAUUAAAUCACUAAGGCAGUGGAAUGGAAAUGCUGCUGGAAAUUAUCAGGUAAUCCAUGCUGCUAAUUCUCAAGUUGAGCAUGGAGGAAGAUAAAUGUAUAAUGAUCUUGAGCUUCUUCUUGUAUCUGCACUUGGACAAACUUUCCAUUUCAUUGGCAAAGAAUGUAAUAUAGCGCUCGCGCUCUUAUUUUGGGAUUUGUAGAUUUCAUCCUUGCAAUAGUAGUUAUUUACAAAUAAAAUUCCCUUCAAUCA